AUGGCGGUAUCAACUCAAGCGUUUGAUAGUCUCGUCGAUUUGUUUGUAAAACCACUCUUGAGCGUGCGCAAUGGGUUAAAUGUGGAGCAUAAUUUCCGAGGUUGGGCUAUUUGGGUUAAGGGAGCUGAAGUCCCCACAAGCGCAUCAAAGGCAAUGGACCUCUGCCACGUUCAGAUGGAACUCUCAACGGCAGCUCGAUUGUACCUCUAUAACAGUACAAAAAAUUCGCGCCCUACGUGCAACCAUCUUUCUUGA